AUGACGGAUGCAACGAGUGGUCACUCACACCAAUUGCGUGUUGAUGCUAACGCGGCACGAGAUUUUGUCCAAGCAAUUCUCGUUGGGAAUGGGGUCAGCAGCGACAACGCAAAGGUUAUCGCCCAAUGUUUGAUAGCGGCUGACUUGCGAGGCGUCGAUACGCAUGGAAUGCAUCGCAUUCCCUCAUACAUGGAACGCAUCCGUCAAAAAGUCUUGGACCCGACUGCAACGCCCACUGUACAGCAAGCGACUCCCGUGGUCGCUCAUGUCGAUGGCAACAAUGGCUUCGGAUUUUUGGCUGCACAUGCAGGAAUGGAGGCUGCGAUUAAGUCUGCAGAGGUGUACGGAAUUGGCCUUGCUAGCGUGAAGAACAGCAACCAUUUCGGGAUGAGCGCGUGGAUUGUGCAGCAGGCGCUCGAUGCGAACAUGAUGUCACUCGUGUUUACCAACUCAAGUCCAGCGUUGCCGGCAUGGGGAGGGAAGAGUAAACUGAUGGGCGUCUCCCCGCUGGCGUGCGGGGCACCGGGAAGAGAGAAUCCAUUCAUUCUGGACAUGGCUCCUUCUAUCGCUGCUCGUGGAAAGAUUUAUAAGGCCAAGCGAAGAGGAGAAAAGAUACCACUAGGCUGGGCUUUGGAUAAGGAUGGUAAGGUUACGGAUGACCCGGCCGCGGCCCUGGAUGGUGGUGUGAUGCUUCCAAUGGGCGGGCCAAAAGGAUCAGCGCUGGCGAUUAUGAUGGAUGUUUUUUCGGGUGUAUUCUCAGGAUCAUCCUUUGCUGGCCACGUAACCAAUCCAUAUGAUCCCUCCAGGCCAGCUGGUGUUGGUCACUUCCUGGUGGCCAUCAAGCCAGAUUUAUUCAUGAGUCUAGAUGAGUUUCGUGAUAGACUAGAAUAUCUGUAUCAGCGUGUGGUAGGGUCUGAAAAAGCCGACGGAGUUGAGCGUAUCUAUUUCCCAGGGGAGAUAGAGCAGCUUGCUCAGAAAACGCGCGAGAAGGACGGAAUUCCAAUAGUGCAGGCGGAGUUGGAUCUUCUGAACGAGGAGGCAAAGAGAGUGUCCGUAAAUCCAUUGACACCACUGUGAAUGGAAGCGUACUCG